GGAACGACAAAACGUUGAGAUCCAUUGGGAGUGAAUAUGCUUUUUUGGUGCACGGAUUUCGUAAUUAUUUAAUACAUAUUAUGUAAACAUGCAUAUAUAUGCAUGUGUGUGUAUAUAUAUUUUAUAUAUAUAUAUAUAUAUAUAUAUAUAUAUAUAUAUACACACACACAUAUUUAUGUUAUACAUAAAUGAAAGAUCCGCGUUAUAUGCAAAGAGCACGGUUUGACGAUCCGUUCUACAAUACGGUUUUCAUGUAAGUUUUAUAUAGAUACCGAGCAUAAAUAUACAUGUAUAAAUAUAAGUAACAACGGCUUUCUUUAACUUGCAUACCGAUGCACUGUAUCUUUGUUGAUUUAAUUUCAUCGUAGGAUAAAAGAACUACUAUAAUUAAGCGUUACAUGUCUUGUAAUACAAAUUUAGAAAUUUGUAGCGUGAUAAUUGAGAAGCAUACGGCAUACAACUUGUUUAUAGAGGAAUAUGCGUGAUAAACAACGUGAUUAGACCUCACGUGUGAGACAUGCGAAAACUCGAAAGAAAACAAUUAAUCGUCGAUUUAGCUCUAAGAUAUAAGGUUAAAAAAAAGAUGUAUGUUGUAAAUUGUCUUUAUCGGAGAAAAACAGAUAUAUAUAUAUACAUAUAUAUAUAUAUAUAUAUAUAUAUAUAUAUAUAUAUAUACACACAUAUACAUAUAUAUAAUUUUAAUAUUUUUGAUUGAUGUAUGAUUACGAUAAAUAUCCAUGCAUUAUAUUAUUGUUUACGUGUAUUCAUUAUAUUUCACUGAAAAACAAUUAAGACAUUCUGCUGUAAAAAAAAACGAUUAUAUUACAAAAUAAAGUUACGGUUGAUUCAUAUUCAUUGACGACACUGCCACCCUGUUGCAAGAUGAUCGUCGACUGAAAAAAGUCAAGAUAACCCCCAAUUGCUGCUGCUUUUGUCAGUUGUAAUAUUAGAAUAAAAGAUAUAUAAGAGCGGUAUGUAUUAAAAAUUUGUUAAAUUAACAUUAUCAUAUCAACACACACAUAAAUAAUGGAGUGCUGUGUAGGAGCAGUAAAUAGGAAGAUUAUAUUAAAUCUACAUGGCAUUGAUUAAUUUAGUAUCUUAUAUAGUUUUAUUUCUUUCAUUAAAAAGCAUAAAAGCGUUAUAUAUUAAAAAUAUUUUAAUAUUUGAACUAAGACUAUCAUAACAAUAUAAGUAAAUGCAUGGAAACAAUAAGUAAAGCGACAAUAAUCGAAGAGAUAAAAGUUUCAGGAUAUUGACUGGCAAAAUUGGCAGUAAUGGAUUCACCUAAUAGUUUUAUUUCUUUAAUCAAUUUUCGAACUUGUUUUUAUUUUAUGUAUAUUAAUUUUUAUUUUAAUACUGCUGAAAAAAUGAAUAUUUGAUAUAUAGGUAUUUAAGAAACUACAAAACAAACAUUGCCAUUAUUGUGUACAAAGCGACAAUAAUUGGUAAUUAUCUUAGAUUCUUAAAGCAAAUUUUGAUUUUGUUUAAACCCUUCGAAGUUUAAACUACAUUGAUGUAAAAGGAAAUUACUAAGAGAAUUAUUCAAACUAAUAAUAAAACAGUUUUUAAUUUUUUGAUAAUAUGUACUUUGAAAUGACAUUCUUUUAUAGUUGGAGUUGGAUAAAUUGAUUUUUUGUAGCUAAAUUACGUUAAAAUUAAGUUUAUAACAUUAGCUAAAAAUUGUGUUAAAAUUAGAUUAACUUAAGUUAAAAGUUAAUUUUGAAAAACAUUUGAUUUCUAUAUUUAAAUUAGAAUGCUGCAAUUUUUAAAAAUUGUAUUACAUAACGGAACAAUUAGAAUCACGUGAAUCAUCAAAUAAAUUUAAUAUUUUCUUUGUAAAUUGAUAUAAAUUAACAAAGAAAUACUGCUUUUCUGUGGGAGUGUAUUUUUAACUUGAAAAAAAGUUAAAAGCUAAAUAAAGCUCUAUGUGUUUUAAACGUAAUGGGUUGAAGUAAAAAAUGAAGUCAUUCGUGGCUAAGUCAAGUCAUAAGUUAUUAACUUUUUAAUUAGUUAUUGUCCAAUCCUGCCCCUAGUGACCACCUCGGAUUUCCGCGGGCGAAGGAGAUUCCCUUGCCCGCAGAGCGGUUCCCUCAACGCUCGGCUCUCCCGCCAUCGUGAAACGUGCGGUCGCGUACGCGAAACGGCGACGGGCCAGUCAGUGCGUACUGGUCGCUUGGUCGGUUCGGUUCGCGCGCGAACGUGCAGCCUCGUACGUACAACGCCGGUAUACGGGAAUCGUCCAGCAGCUGCCGCUCUCGCGAGCCGAGUGUGUGUCGGUUGACGUUUCUCUGCCUCGUCCCGUUUCGCCGCCGCCGUCGUCGUCGUCGUGAGAGAAACCCGUUGCCGCCGAGCUGCGCGCGCGAACGCGCACGCGUGUGCGGUCGGUAUGCGGGCAGCAGCCCCGUUGGCUGGCUGGCUGCAGCUGGAGUGGCUGGUUAGUCGGUUGGUCGACUGGCGGCUGGUUGGCGGCGGCUCUCGGGAUUCAUCCUCUCACGUGCAUGCGUGCGUGCGUGCGUACACGCGCCUGUGCAUUCCCCGGUUCCCGUCUCGUACCUGUGUGCGCGCGCGCGCGCGCGUCCGUGAGUGCGGCGCGUGACUGUGUAUGUGGGUGCGUGUGUGUGUAUGUGGGGGUUUGAAAAUUUGAAAAGCGACGUGCGCCGCGAGUGCAGCGGCGGAGCUGAUAGCCCAGCUGCAGGUGCGCCGCGGGAAGCAAGAGGAGGCGAGGAGAAGAGGAGGACGCGCGAGGACGGAGUCUCGGAUAAGGAUUUCUUACGUCCUCUCGCGCGUAGGAGGAGUGUCUUCACGUGGCGGAGGAUUUGCCGUGAUACGCCGUCGUCGGCGUCGUCGGAAACGCCGGCGGUACACAGCCCACAGCGGAAUGUGGCACGAGAAGCACCGCCGGCACCAUCUCGGAAGCCAUGCCGGCUGACGAGCUCGUGCGUACCCGACGAGAAGAAGACGGUGGUAGAAAGCCGAGCUUGCAGCCGCCUUAACAUACCGAUCGACCAAUUGCGUCGUCGUUGAUAAGGAAAGAGAGAGAGAGAGAGAGAGACCCCCGUCGCAGGUCGACCCGAUCAUGCCCUUAGCGAACCCGUUCCGCUGCUCGUUGUCGCAUAGUUCCACGCUGUAAACCCGAUAUAUGUGAGAAGAGUCGUCGUCUGGUGGAUGCCGUCGCCAUGGUGGAGCAACUGGUGUGCAGCAACUCGCUGAGUCCGGGAACGUAGCACUCGACCAACACUUUGGUUCGCGUGUAUUUCUUUUCUAGCUUUAAGUGACUAAUCGGGACGAAUGAGAGAAAAAUCAACAGAUGACGUGUGCCUUUACCCUGUUUAGGAUAAAGACCGGACGAGUUUUAAGGAGUGAUUAAUUUUAUUUAGAGUGUUUUUAGCGGGUGGCAAAAAAUUAUUUCAAGUUCGAAAUCGAUGAACUGCAUGUUAAUUCGCGACGGACUUGGUGUAGCUCGGAAGUUUAGAGAGAAAUAUUUAAUCGUUGUGGAACACUAGCGUGUCACCACUAGGAGAGAAGUGGUAAGUGGAUAUCUCUCAACGCAUGGAAUCUAGAUUGAAGAGAAUUGAACUUAAGUGUUAUGUGCUACGUGCUAUGUGACUUGGAAGCUCGACAAACAAUUAGUUUAUCGUGAGACGUUCGGCGUGAUGAAGGGAAUAGUUUUCUUGACAACAACAAGUCUAGUCUGAGGAAGAUCGAAGUUAACGUAUCUGCGUGCUAUGACACGGUGGACUCCGGGCAAUUCGGUUCGGGAGGAUCACGGCGUCAGGGAAAGAGAAGAGAAGAAGCCUCGCUCCGCGUGACACCAGCGUGUCGAGUAAUGCUGAAGCACAUCCUGACGGGGCAGCCGUCGUCAACGGGCUCCAGGCAUAACAAUGACUAUCAGACGAGCUCGGGCUCGUUGCACGGCGAGCACCACCAUCAUCACUUGCACAACAGCUCGCUGCACCAGGAUCAGCAGCAACAACAGCAGCAACCGCAGCCACAGUCGCAGUCGCAGUCACAGUCGCAGCAGCAGCCGCAGCAGCAACAGCAGCAGCAUCUCCAUCAUCACCAUUUCACCGGAAGCACCGGGACGCGCGGCGGCCUCACCAGGCAUCGCGGUAACAACGGCGGCGGGAUUGACGUGUACGAUUCCGUGGUGGCGAGACCGACGGCGACGACGGUGUCGAACGCGCACCAGUCGGCGACGACCCCCUCGUCGACGCAUCGGCACCCGCUGAAUCACUCUCAGCUGAGCGUCAACAACCUGUUGACGCAACGCUUAAACCACUCGCACGCGCUCAACGUGUCGACCCUGUCGACUUCCAAGCACUCGGUCAACAGCGUCAGCCCAGUCGGCGGCGUCAACGGUAACGGCAACAACAAUAAUAAUAACAACAGCAACAAUCAUAACGUCUCGGCGAGUCAGCUUGGCCACACCGUGAUUUCGCAAACGGGCAUCACGUCGCAUCAGGACAGGCCAAAGGCGAACGGCGGCUUCGACAUCUCCAGGCUGUCGCGGCUGCCGAGUCAGACCACGCCGUCGCCCGCGCCCGCCGCCACGUCCGCGCUCCCUAUCGUGGCCAGCCAGGUGGCCGGCGGCGGGCCAACGGUGAUACCCCUCAACGCCUCCUGGUCCUCGUCCCUGUCCCGAAAUCUUCAUCGGAGCGACGAGGCCGGCGUGAAGGAAAUGCUGACGAGCCUCGGACUGCUCUGCCUGGUGUCCCUGCUCCUGGCCCUGCUCUCGGUCAUCUUUCUACUGAAGAUCUCGCCGCUCACGGUCACGUCCAACAGCCUCAUCAGCCCGGAGGAGUUUGUGAUCGUCUACGAGGUCACCCUGGCGCUGUGCGCCCUCGCCCUGUCCCUCAACCUCUGCUGCCUGCUGGUCUGUGCCAUACAGUUCCUCUUCGCGGUGAAACUCGUCAAGACCUCGUAUCAGGGUCAUCGGAGUAACAAGUACCUGCAAAAAUCGUCCAUCAGCCGCGUGUGCGCCGUUGGUGGUUUUUUCAUUAGCAUCCCCGUCUUCUUAACUGGCAUGAUCCUGUACACGUUCAUCCAGUUUCAUUCGACACCGGCGAUCGUCACGUCGGUCUUCAUCGGCCUCGGCAUCGUGUUCUGCGGAUGCGCCAUGGUCCACAACGUCUUCGUAUGGCAGAAAGAGAAGACGAAUGCGGUGAAGGCGUUUGCCCGCGAGCAGUGCGAGGUCGCGGCGCAGCUGCAGCGUCAGCAGCAGCAAUUGCAGCUGCAGCAGCCGCAUCAUCAGCAAGUACACUCGCAGCACCAUCAUCAGCAUCAUCAUCAGCAGCAGCAGCAUCACCAUCAGCAGCAGCUGCAGCUGCGGCCGACGCUGCAUAUCGGAUCGAAGUUCGGUAGCAGCGGCGGCGUAGGUCAUUCGAACGUCAGCCUGGCCCAACUCGGCCGCGGCGGCGUUCACCAUCCCUCGCAUCAACAUCAUCCUCAUCAGCAUCAUUCUCAUCAGCAACGGCAUGUGUCCUCCAUGUCGCCGCCGUUGUUACUGUCGUCGCCACAUGCCGCGUCGCAGCACAACCACCAAACGCAUCGCGGUGGUAUCGCCGCCGCUGCUGCCGUGGCCGUCACCGCGACACCACCAACGACACCGGGCGACCGGUCGCCGCCGAGUCCCAACGGCGGCGGCGGUGGCGGCAGCGGUAAGCUCAACAGGUCGCAGCACCUGCCGCGCGAGGCCAGCGGCAGCGUGAGCCCCGGCCUGCCGACAGCCACGCUCGACCUGAGUAGUGCCGCUACCACCAACAGUCCGCACGAAUUGUCGACUCUCGUUUAAAGACCCCGAGAAGCAGGAUUUCAGGUUUCUAUCCAAGUAGGUUUCUAUCUGUUUGGAGAUGUAUUCUUUGACCAGUGGAAGAAAUUAUCUCCUGUCUUAAGUCGAUUUAUAAGGAAUAGGCCUAAAAUUAUUUAGAAACAAAUUCUUCGACAAAUGUUUUCUAAAAAGAAGGGACCAAAAAUUGUUAAGGCUAUUGCUUCUUAUCUCACGUUGUUAUUAUUGCAUUACGUUGCAACGUUAUCGGCAUGUUAUCGCAUUUAACAUUAUCGUCAUUAUUGCGACAUUAUUACAUAGUGUUUACCCCUUUACUAUGAUGACUACAAUAUUCUUGGACAUUGUCAAAGGCCGAUAAAAAGUUAUCCAUCAGGAUAUCUCGUGUCAUUUUGAUAACGUUGAAAUAUCAUGUAUCGUUUGCCUACCAUAUAUAUAUUAUAUAUAUAUAUAUGUAAUAUUUACAAACCUUCGACGAACGUUUGUCGAAAAACAUCGUCCAGAGUCUUACUGAUAAACAUUUCAUUUCAAACUAAAGAAUAAGAAGAAAAUAAUGCAAUGAUUUUUUACAUACACUUUAUUAGCAAUCUCAGAAAUAGUACGAACAAAGCUAAUUCAAUUUAAUUUAUUUCCUUAAUUUAAAAGAUAGCUAAUAAAAGUGUUUUAAGAUAUUAAAAUGUUUUUUAUGUCUGUUUUUUAAAUACUUAAAGAUAAGGCUUCGGUAUUAUUCUGUUUCUCGAAUAUGUAUGAACAUCAAACGUUAACAUUUCUUUUAGAAAAUAAUUUAGUUGUGGGGAAAGCUUUAUAAAGCUUGCAAUUAUAUCAUUUAAACGAAAAUAUAUUUACACGUUUAUUAUACUAUCUAUUUAUUAGAAACAUUUCUAAUAAAUAGAUACGCUAUAUAUAAACAAAAAUAUAUUUAAAUCAUGUACGUGAAAAAACGUUUCCUAUUAAAUGGAUAUGCUAAUUAUAAGUAUAAACGUGUUUUUGUUUAAAUGUAUAAUAGCGAGUUAAUAGCCACUUAAAAAUGUUUUAGGUGUAGAUUUAAAACGUUUAAAGCUAUUAAAGAUGUUUUAAUUUUAAACGUUUAAUGUUUUAAAUCUAAAUACCGUUUAAAACAGUUUUACGUAUUUAAAAACGGAUACAAAAAAUAAAACAUUAAGAAAAACAAUUAUAAUUAUACACUUUUUAAAUGUCGGGACAAUCUUUCCAAUAUCAUUAUUGAAACAUUUUAAUAUCUUAAAAUUAAACACUUCCUAUGAAUGUAAUGUCAAUGCAUUUUUUAAAUUUAUUUUUUGAUGUUAUUUUUGACAUAAUUUUUUUUAAUUUUAACAAGAGAAUAGAUAGACGAUUUAACCAAAUCGCUAUUAUUCUAAAGAAGUUAUACAAAAGCAAUGCAACGUUUCUUAUCUGCUCAUCAAUUUGAAAAAAAUAUAUCACAAAUGUUAAUUAAUGUUCAUUAGAAUUUACCAGGCGAAAUUUUAUUAGUGUUUUAAUUUUGUCUAUUCUCCAUACUAUUUCAGUAAUUAUUAACGGCCUUGAAAUUUACAUUCUCAAAGCCACUGGCCAUGUUUAUAACCUGGGCCAUUAAACCAGUAUUACUUGAGUCAUAAGAUUUUUUGUUUCUCUUUCUCGUCGGGGUACAUAGUUCUCUUAUGUAGUCAGAAUCCGAACCGUCUUGAUCCUGCUAGUAUUGUAGCUAACAUGAUUUAAUGACUAAAACAUUAGUUUUAUUAAUGGCCUUAAUGAGCUACAUUUGCUAUCAAUUUCGAUUAAUCCUCAGAUAAUUUUGCUUGAUUUUUUAACUAAUGCAUUCGGGGGAAUCGUAAUGCAUACAGAUAUAUGUAUAUAUACCUUAUUGUACAUAAUACUCUCGGGGAAAUUUCACGCCACGUCGAUGUAAUGCGAAAAUCGAUUUCCCGAACGAAACUUGCCGAUUUAUGCUUUAUGUAUGACUAAUGUACCCCGCUAUCGCCAAGAGCAGCAGCAACAGGUUCCUGUUGCGCAACGUCGACAAAAAAGAAUUCCUGCCGAAUGCGUGCUGCAUUUUGCGCUUCGUAAGUACUCUCUGGUUGUCUGACGUAUCACACUCGGAAUACCGAAUAACCAGAAAAAUUCGUACAGUUUCCAGUGUCGAGAAUAAAACACUAACAAUUGUUUCUUAUUGUAAACAGAUUUUAUUUAAAAAAAACAUUUAAAAUGUUGGAUAUUCUAGUAAGCGAGAAACAUUAAAAUAACAUUUUAAAAAGUUGAUUUUAUGUGUAUUUUUUAAAUGUUUAAAAAUAUUGUGUAUAAAAACAUUUCAAAAAGAUUAUUUAAAUUUAAUUUUUUUGAAACAUUAUUGAAAUGUUUUAAAAACAUUAUCUCCACAAAAUAAUCAAAAUUUGUUUAUAUUGGUGUUGCAUACAACGCGCUCUAAAUACGGCAUUUGUAAAAAUGUUACAUGUUAUUGCAAAUCGUUAAUAAUGUGAGACGCAGCGGUAAUUUAAUUUAUGCUUACUUAUGGGAUAAUUAAUAAAAACAAGCUGCAUGAAAUUGUAUCUUUACGCUUGCUAAGCCCCGAUUGUUUUCGAUUUUUGAAAUGUACUUUAAUAGUACAUAUGCAACAAUGUGCGUACUUUCGAAGUCUCAGAAAUCCCGACGAAAUCAGAGAUUGGCACGAAUGUGAAUCUUGCCAUGUUUUCAUAUUUUAUUAUUAUUAUUUGUACUUAUCUUGCAGAAUCUCUAGUCCUAGGUUAUUUGCAUUCACAUGUAUGUAUGUGUGAGAAGGGGGUGAAAACAUAAAACUUUAAAUUCUGAUUUUUUAUAUAAUAUAUUGCAAUGCUGAUUGAAACAAUUAAGAGGAAAGAUGAAUGAAAUUUGUGUACUUGGCGCAAUAGCGAAAUCAGAUUUAAAUUAUGUUUCUGUAAUGUAAAUAUCAUUAAAACAAACCGAUUAAAAUUAAACAUUAAAAAAUCCGAAAUUUCGACUAGUUGCAUGACUCGAUUUUUUUGUACUUUUAAUCUAAUACAUGUGAUAUAUGAUAAGGUUUGUCCAUGUUGCUUGCAUUUUUUACAGCAUCUUAUCUUUGCUCUCUUUCCUUAUAACUAAAUAAUAUGUAUUUAUCUUAUCAAUGGAUUGUAAAUUGCCCAACGGUCUGUAUCAGAUCUUUAUUAACGAUGAAUAUAAUUUUUCUAUUAAAUUAAAUUUCUUAGCUUUAUUUUAAACUACGCGCUGACAGGUUUCGUCACUUGAAACACAGGCUGUUAAUUUAAUAGAAAAAUUAUAUUCAUCACUAAGAUUCGAUGCAGACUGUUGAGCGGUUUACAAUCCAUUGAUAUGUUUAACAUAUACUGGUCAGUCAGAAUUAAUGUACUAAUAUAGUAUUUAUUUUGUUGUGUAAAAUGUAAAUUGUGAAAAAAUUUAAGCGACAUGAACAAAUUUGUAAGAAAAUUCCGUUUUGUUCUAGACACAUAUUCAUUAAUCAUUAAUCUACCAAGUAAAAAAAAAGUAGAAAAACAAGUUCUUAAAAUUUUCAGCCUUCGAAAAUGUAUUAUAUGAUUUAUCAAAUCGAAUAUGCGAUUUCAUUUCCUUUAUACAUCAGUACGUUUUAAUAUUUAAAGAUAUUACGCUACGAAGCCGUCAUAGGUUUAUGCAAGUACACACAUUUAGAAUUAGAUUUAUAAUUUUAUUACGUUACUGCAUGGUUAUAUACAUGGAAGAAUUCACAUAUACAUAUAUAAAAAGAUUGUUAAGAGAUUGUAGAUACAUACUUAAAAAUUAUUAUAAAAUAUUUAUGAGAGCAAAA